GAUUUGAGUUCGUGCAUGUUCAUCCGAAAGACAAUCUACUUGGAAAUUCUUUUCCAAAUCAAUUUUGACGCCAAUUUAUUUCGUUUAUUUCCAAUCCAAACGCGAAGUUCAUAUAAAAUUUUGCCAAAUUGGAAAUAUUCGAAAGACGCGAUUUUAAGCUGAUACUUGCUACUCCGUCGCAUUAUCGUCUCCCGGCUAUGGCUGGAAAUUUUGAGAUUCCAGGUCUGAUGACCUCGUCGGAACCAGUCACGGCUCAAAAUCAGCCAAACCCCCAGAAUGAAGCUCAACAGGUGACUUCUCAAGUGACUUCUCAACCUUCCACGGAGAUGGAAGUUGACUCCACAGCCCCUACGGAAAUCUCACUGCCUCGUCAAUCUGAUGAAAUAGAAAAGAAGGGAUCGGAGGAUAAUGAUGCACAAAUCACCGACGCGCCGCCUAGUCCACCUUCGUUGAUCUCGGCAUUAGAGGCUCUGCUUGGCGGUCUGGAUUCCCAACCACAACCACAACCGCAACAGCAAGCAUCAAACGCCACACCUGCCCUACCUAACGGCACAGAACAGAAUGAGCAAACCAACGAGCAAGAGGUUCAAGGUGACCCCGAGUGGGAAGAGGAUUCUUCUCCAUACGAAUCAUCUUCCGAUUCAAGCAGUUCAGAUGAUUCAGAUGAUGAAUCGGAAGAUGGCAAGAAUUAUAAACUGCUUGGUCCCGAGGAAACGGCCCGUAUUCUGAUGGAGAUGGAGGGCGGCUCAGAUGAUGAAGGCGAGGGGAAAACAAAAGGACUCGGCAGUGGAGCCCAAGUUCGGACUAAGAAUGAGAUGCCCGAAGAAGUAGUACCCAAGCCAGAUGUUACUAUUACCCCAGAGAUGACAGUCACCGAGUUAGGCGUUAUUGAGCAUAUCGUUGAGAACACGGCUGUGAUCAAGGCCAAUACUACUGGCGAGUACCAAGUCCUCGAUACCGGCUCAGUUCUCUGCACCGAAGGCCGCACUGUCAUUGCGGCCAUAGCAGACUUAAUUGGCAACGUGAGACAACCCCGAUAUACCGCAAGAUUCACAAAUGAGGAGGAAAUCAAGUCUUUUGGCCUGGAGUUAGGAACUAAGGUGUUUUAUCCUCCCUCACACGCGACGUAUGUCUUUACACAAGCACUUCGGGUACAGAAGGGCACGGAUGCAAGCAAUUGGCAUGACGAAGAGGCCGGCGAUGACGAAAUGGAGUUCUCGGACGACGAAAAAGAGGCGGAGUAUAAAAGACAGCAAAAAGCUAAGAAGAAGGCAGGUCGUGGUGGGAAAGGCGGUGCGGGAGUACGAGGAGGCCAUUCUGAGACGCCAUCAUUCCCCGUAGCCAGUGGUUUACAGUAUGACGACGACGACGAUGAUGGUCCCUACCGAAAAUUGGCAAGGCCUUCGAAUUUUGCGCAAAGUCAACCAGCUUCUUCAGAGACCGGGUUUAUGAACAACCAUGGGAACAAUAAUGGAUCAUUCCGAGGUGGUCGAGGUAGAGGUCAACGAGGUUAUGGUCGCGGACGUGGUCAUCGUGGAGAUUCGCGAGGUGGCCACUCUCUACCACCUAGACCUCCCAGAGGACAAGACUACCAACCACAGUCUCACCAAUAUAACUACAAUCCAGUCCCACCGCCUCCGGUUGCCAACACGACGUAUCCACCACCCGUACCUUUCUACGGUACUCCCAAUGGCCAUUCACAACCCAAUGCUCAAUACCCUUUCCCGUGGCCACAGAACAUUCCGCAAGGUUUCGUCCCACCUCCGCCGCCCCAAUUCACUGGACAGCAAUCGGGGACAAACCCAUAUUAUAGUCCAGAGUUCUUCGCUGCUUUGCAGAGCCAGAUGCAAGGACAGUCUAAUCAGCAAGGAGGCCAGUGGCCUGGACAUGGUGGUACUGGAUAGAAUCCUAAUACCAUGUUUGGCAACACAGGCCCAGCGGUCUAGACCACCUAGAAAUUUGGCUGCUGAAAUAGGAAUUGAGUCUUCGACUCCGCUGCCUAGAACGGUAUGACGGUGCCAUGCCUUGGCGGUUUACGCUCAGUGAUGGAGUACUCCGCAUUUCAGCCACCCUCCGCCUUACGAGGCUCAUCGCAUGCGCGCGGAACCCGAGAAGUGAGUCAUUAAACGUAAUGUUGGGAAGGAAGACCGAGAUGAAUCUCUCCAGUCCUACUCGACGUGUAUUUACUUGAGAGGGAUGUUGUACAUUGAUAAAAUUCGAUUGUUCAUAUUCACAGCUGAAAACAGGCGUGACAAAUACGAGAGAACAUGAACCUACAAGGCAUCAAGGCCUCACGUCUAUAGGAGUAUAGGAAUAUAGGAGUCUAAACAGGUUCUGUAAUAA